AGUAGUAGUAGCGCACAUAUCUUUUUUGAGCGUCAAGCGAUCUCUAGCUCUCUAGUCCAAAGCGUCCAAACACCUAAACCACAGGCUUCAAACUAAGUGCGAAGGUAACAACGAGGUAGCGUUAGACUGACAGCUGAGAACCUCCCGUGCUACGCUCCUUAGCGGAACUCUGGCUGUAAAUCUGAGUGUCUACGGGAGGUUUCGUUUCGAACAGCAAUCUAACUUUCCCUAAUUUUGUUUUUUGCUGCUCCACAGCGAACCUCGGCUAGCUUUUCUCCCAGGGUGGCGGAGCUUUCGCAAAUGCCAAGAUCCAUCACUUGGGAUUCUUGAGACGUGAGCCUAGGCACUUGCUGUCGGGGGCCGCCAUGGCCACCCGGGUGUUUGUAAACGUGGACGAGGAUCCCUUCUGCGCGGAGCUGGUGUUUCCCCGCGGCCUGGAAGGGGGUGCCUUCGUGUCGCUGGUCUUUGGGCGCUUCAGUCGGCACCAGGGGUCUACGGGAAGGAAGCACCUUGCCCUGCAGCGAGGUGCCGCCCAAGGAGGGCCGGUGGGGCAGAAGGUGUUCAUCAGCGUACCGUACGGGGAGCGCCAACCGCUGUGCACUCUGCGGGAAGCCCCACUGCCGGACGACCUCCAGGACAUUCCGGACCCAGACGAGGACGAUGAGGCGGUGGACGAUGUCAUCCUGGCCCCCAGCAAUGCCAAGGCCCCUUCCACCGGGGACGGAGAUGGAGUUCAGUGCGGCACCCUGUGCACGUCGUGCAACGGCUGGUUCUGCAGUGUCGAGGUGCUCCAGAUCCACCGGGCCCUGACGCACGCGCGGAGCAACGCAACCGCCAAGCCGGUGAAGACGGUCUACGGCUGCAAGGUGUGCCGCAAGACGUUUCCCAGCAGUGCCGACUGCCUGCUCCACAAGUGGAAGCACAGGCCGGAGUCCGAGUGGCCCUUCCAGUGCAAGUCGUGCCAGCGGGGCUUCCUGCGCCAGGCGGCCUUUGUGCGCCACCAGCAGAGCCACGCUCCCCAGUGCCGGGAGUGCAACCUCACCUUCGGGGACCACGACGAGCUGCACAAGCACAACGUGAGUCACCAGCAUGGGCGAGAGACCUUCUUGUGCGUGCACUGCGAGCAGCUGUUUCUCAGCAAGGCAGGCCUGCAGCGUCACAUUGCCAGGUACCACGGUUCUCUGGUCGAGGAAGGAGACCCGGAAAGUGUGGCCGAGGUGGCCGCCUGCCUGGACUCGCAGCCCGUGGAGCUGCACUGUCCGCUGUGCACAUUCGGGUGCACGGAGUCCCAGCAACUGGCCCAACACACGGCCUCCAGCCACCCGGAGGUGCCCACAGUGCGGUGCAGCAAGUGUGAGCAGGCCUUCCUGAAGGAGGAGGAGCUGUCCGAGCACCUGAGCCUGAAGCACCAACUGCUGCAGGUGGAGCACGCCGGUGACGGCAGCUACGUGUGCCACGUGUGCGACCGCCGGCUGAAGACCUUCAGCGGUUACUGGGGACACCUGCGGAGCCACACCAAGAUGAAGCCGUUUCUGUGCGACCAGUGCGGCCACCGCUACACGAGCCGUGGCAGCCUGACCAAGCAUAAGCGCACCCACGACUUUGCGAACGCCAGCCGCUGCCCGCACUGUGGCAAGGAGUUUGCCACCCUCGACUACAUGCGCAACCACGAGCGCCUAGUCCACACCCGCGACUUCAAGUUCCCCUGCCGGCUGUGCGGGCAUCGGUUCCCCAACGAGCGCAAGCAGCAGACUCAUAUGGCAGUGGUGCACGAGCAGGAGCUGUCGGCCGAGGAGCUGGCCUCCCUGACGCGGGUGCGCCACCAGCGCUGCCCGGACUGCCCCUUCGCCACGUACAGUGCCCUGCAGUUCCGGCAGCACAGGGCCACUCACACGGGCCGCUACCCGUUUGCUUGUACCCACUGCACCAGGGCCUUUGCCUUCCGGUUCCAGUUGACGCUGCACGUGCGGCGCCACCACCGGCAGGGCGGGCCCCUGGCCUGCCCCCACUGCCCCCGGCGCUUCGUGGCGGAGGAGACGCACAAGGCGCAUGUGGCGCUGCAUGGGGCGCCCCAUGCGGUGAGCCUGAUGUGCACCGACUGCAACUGCCUGUACGAGACCCCCCGACUGCUGGACAAGCACCGUGCGGCGCUGCACGGCAAGGGGGAGCCCCGCUACGCCUGCCGCAGCUGUUCUAAGCGCUUCCGCACCGCUGGGGGCAUGGCCGCCCACUACAGGGUGAUCCACGGAGGCUUUGCAGUCCGACAUUCCACUUGCAAGCCAGGCCCGACUGGCAAGAGUUCAAGUGCCACGGUGGCGCCCAUGCGGCGCUACGGCUGUUCCCGAUGGCCCUUCAGCUGCGAACCGUGCGGCCGCUUCUUCAAGUUCGAGAGCAGCCUGCGGGCGCACCGGGUCUGCUUCCACGGGCUGCCCGGCAGCGAGCAGCAGUCCAAGUCGUGCCCGGAGUGUGGCAAGAGCUUCCAGACGGAGCUGAGCCUGUCGAUGCACCUGCGCACCCACACCCAGGAGGUGCACUUCAAGUGCAGCGUGUGCAGCAAGCUGUACCGCAGCCGGAGCAGCCUCAAGAAGCACGUGGCCCUGGUGCACCGGGCCUGCCUACGCUGCUUCUGCCCGCACUGCGGCAAGGGCUUCCUGGGUCAGGCCUCGCUUGCGCUCCACACCCGCUUCUGCCACAAGGCCAAGGCAGCCCAAGAAGUGCCGGAAGCCGUCGAGAUUCCCGCUGCACCCGAGCCCAUAGUCAGCCAGGAAGAGCAGUUGUGGCAGUAAAGGCACUACUAGUACUGGCUCGUCUCUUGUAC